ACUCAAAUUUGUACAUCUUGCCAACACAACACCGUGCCAUCUGCCAUGUUCCAGUGACCGCCACUGUUUAUUUUCCCUCACCAACCUGACAUGUCUUCGUUGUACACAACACUUUCUCGGUAAAACUGUCAUGAGCACGCACGAUGGCGCGACAUUCGAAUAUACAAGGCCCUUCCAAUCAGCUCGACCUCGCAAAAAUCGCAAAAACAAGAAGACGGGAUCUGGAGCACAGAUCGCUCCUGCGGUGGCAUUAGAUCGCACUAGGCAAGAAUUAAUCACAGACGUUUGGAUACAAGAAUGCAAACAUCUCAUUCGAGAAUCACUUCACCUAUUAUCAGUCACCUCUCCUGAGGUGCUGUGCCUCGGACUGGGAAGUCCCGCAGCCUAUCGUGAUCCUCGUGCUCAGCUGGUCUUCUUACUCGAAGUCUCUGACGAUCUCUCGCUAGACCGUUCAAACAUAUCUGUAUAUGAUCCAGUUUUCACCGAGGAAGAUGAACGACUUCUGGAUGACAUCCGGGUUCGCAGAUUGACCGAAAACAGAAAUGCUGCCUAUGCGCUUCCAAAUCCAAGUAUCGCAUACAUGCCACAUUGCGACCUGCAAUUAUACGAGAACAUCUUGCGUGAGAACUGGACAAGCAAUCGGCUCCCCAAACUCCUCCUUAUCGCCAACAGAUUCAGCGAGUACGUCGACAACGUCCCAUCACAAAAGCUCUCCGCCGCCUUCCCUUGCGUGUCUCGUAUCGCGCCUCACCUCACCUCCCAACCACUCCCACCCUGCCCAUCACAUCCGACGGCAUUCAACAACAUUGCCAUACAGUAUAUUCGCCUUAGCGACCUACCGCCGUCCGAGGAUAUCUUCUGGGAACUCCCACCAGUUCCUCCGAAGUCGGGCUCGGAAGAAUCGACAAACAACGCGGAACGCUGAUCUGUCGCAACUAACGAGAAGGGGCGUUUGCUUCCUUGUGCGCCUUGGCUGGGGAUUGGUCACGAUCUACUUUUGCUCUGUAUUGUGGCCGAGGGGACUCUUCUGAUUACUCCUCAAGCUGGUUGGACCUAGCUGUAUUGUAUACAGUUCUUAUCAAUGAUGCUUUGUGAGUCAGGACUGCCCCAUGGCUUCUCUCCGAGGAGUCGUAGCGCGGUUCUUUUC